AUGACGCUGUUUGAACAGCGCAUCAACUGGUUAGGUCGAAAUAGUCGGGCUACCUUUGGAACUCUGGCGGAGAAAUGCGUUGUCCUCCUGCUUGACUUCUCCGAAUUCAGUCGGCCAUGUCUUGAAAAGAUGUUUCGAUAUCUGCGACACUUGCUGCAGGAGCAGAUUGCAGUUUACGUUGAAUGGUUCAACCUCAUUGCCAUAUGCGAGACCAUGGAAGUAUUCCACACGGAAUGCGUGCCCGUCAACCCAGACAACCUUCAGGAAGCCUGGGUCUGGCUGCUCGCCCGCCAUGCUGGAGGAACACGGAAUUUUCUUGCCGGCUUUAAGUAUGUGUUUGAACGGAUGAAAGACCAGCAACAACAGCACCAGCAGCCUGUGGGGUUCUACCUCUUUGCCACCGGAGUCGCUGACCAGGAGGACAGCCCUUUGGCGGCCUACGUGUCCAGCGCUUUGGCUGUUCGUGGAGGUUACCUCCACUGUGUCCUCUUUUCGACUGAGAAGAGCAAAGAGAGCAAGGAGAGCGAGGCAAUUCAGACGGGGCGUUUCGCCGAUCCACAGGAGACGGCCCAGUCACUAAGGUCUUUAGCCAACGAGACCGGAGGCCGUUUUCAUUGGUUUUCUGAGUCCGGUGUAAUUCAGAGCGAUGACGUUCAACAACUUAUGGAUGAAAUCUCAAGAGCCGUUCACUUCUCUCUGACUGGAAAGCAAUUAAUUGACCAAUUUAGGACAAAGUACGCGAAGCCCAGUGUCACGUCCUCUUGCGAAAAACGGACAUGCCUCAGGGAUAAGACAAAUGUGAUUUCCAUUGCAACACCAGUCAAACCUGAUCCAAAUUCAAUCCCGACAACCUCCCUAAGUGAAGCAAGGAGGAUUUUUCUGCGGAGGAAACAACAAGAGGCCAAAAGAAUUUCAAAAUCCUUGACUUGGCAACCGCAGCGGGCGCAGAUCGCGCGGAUGAAAAGAUUGACCCCGGCACUAACAGAAUCCUUCUUCUAUUCUGAGGAGACUAAUAAAGUGGAGACUGUAUUGGGUCGAACGAACAAAGUGCCCGGCAUCCGGAAAGGCAUUCGAAAGGAAAGCAUCCCCGCAAAUGAGGAAUUCGUGUCGAGCUCAGAGUGGCUUUCAAAGUACAGCACCAAGGCCCAGCGCGUUAGCCUUGCUCGCCUUCUCUCGGGCAUUGGCUGCAGGCAUCGAACGGAGGUCAUCAGACCAGGCAGCAUGCAGGUUUCGGCCCGCUACUGUGCUGACCUCUUCCCCCUGAUUCAAGUGAGAGGAAAGACCCGACAUUUUCAACUUACACCAGACCAGUGCAACAAUUUUGAACUCCAGGUGAGGAAUCUGCUGAAACGAUACAGAAAAAGGCUUUUUUGGCUUCUGUCAAGUCCGAGGGUAUACCUCGGCGUUUUGCUGGAGGACUGCAUUAUAUUCGUCAUUGACAUUUCGGCGUCAAUGCAAUGUGUGGUGGAAGAUCUUAAGGAGAAACUGGAAAGAAUUAUCUGGGAAGAUGUUUGCAAGUGA